AUGGAGCAGCACUUCGUUCAUUUCGGUGCCACCACCACGCCUCCUCCUCCUCAACCCAAACCCAAAGCUUCACCGCCACUCUGCUACCACACUUCAUCACCGACCUUGGCCGACGACUACCACACCUCCUCACCCAUGUCGUCGGCCUUCGACAUGGGUGACACCGACGACAUGCACCUCCUCAACACCCUCCUCCUGCACAUACAGACGGGCAGCGCUUCUUCUCACGUGGAACCUGCCCGUUACUCCUUGGACCUGGAAUUGGACAUGGAGCCAUCUUCCUCUUCAACCAGCUCCUCCUCCUCCUACUCCUCCUCCGAGCAGCAGCAGAAGCAUCACGGGAUGCCCACCACCGCAGGACAGAGCCCAUCCAAUCGCCGUGCAUCGCAGCAGCAGCAGCCACACCCCGCGCCGGCGGCCACCAAGGGCCUCAUCGGCGUGCGCAAGCGGCCGUGGGGCAAGUUCGCCGCCGAGAUCAGGGACUCCACCCGCAAGGGCGCCCGCGUCUGGCUCGGCACCUUCAACACCCCUGAGGCGGCCGCCAUGGCCUACGACCAGGCCGCCUUCUCCGUGCGGGGCGCCGCCGCGGUGCUCAACUACCCCGUCGACCGUGUCCAGGAGUCGCUCCGCACCCUCGCGCUCCGUCCCGACGUGCCGGGAGGCUCCCCUGUGCUGGCCCUAAAGCGCCGUCACUCCAUCCGCAAGCGCUCCCCCAACAAGGCCAAGAAGACGGCGCUAGAGCCCACCAACACCAAGAUGAUGGAGCAGUCGGCCGCAGCCAUGCCGGCGCAACAGCAGCUGCUGCCAGUACAGUCCGCGGGCGUGGUGGAGCUGGAGGACCUGGGCGCGGACUACCUGGAGGAGCUGCUCCGGGUGUCCGACGAGCCGUCCGCGUCGUCCACCAUGCUGAUGGGGGCCUUUGAUCAUCAUCACCAUCACUAUGUCGACGACCAAUCCGCGCUGGCCAGCACGGCGCCGAUGCUGUUCCCCCAUUGCUAG